UUGGACUAGAAGAAACUUCAACCUAUACACACAAUUUGUUUUUACUUUUUUCCAAUUUAUAUAUAUUUUUUUCUAGAAUAAUUAUAGCCUCUCAGAAUAAGAAGUAUAAAAUGAUUUACUAUAAUUAGAUCAUUUCUAUGAAACAGCCCUUUUUCCUUUUCUUUUUGUGUGUAGUAAGUCAUGGUUUUAGAUUGUUAAACAGUGUUUAUCCAGCAGCUCCUGGUUUCUGGGUGAAAAUAUCUCGGUGUCCCCCCGCAAUGCGAUUCUUUUCGUAAUCCGUCAGACUGGUGAUGGGGUGCAUUGUGGAUUUAUGGGGGGAAAUUAGCAUAAAUUAUGAGCAAAUCUGCGUGUGCGUGUGUGUGGUCCUUUGGCAUUGCAAACCCUCCAAGCGGAAAAGGUGGCCCUGCAUGGCCAAAAAAGCUUGAAUAGCAAUAGCUCAAAAUAGGCUUCCCCAUUUGGUUUUUCACAUUCAUAUAAUUGACUUAUGGAUAUUUUAUACAGUUUAUCGCCACACCAUCCUCAAGGGUUUAUUUGCAUUUCUGAAGUACUUUUUUUGAAUCUUCUUUACAUAAACACAAUAGACCUGAUUGCCUCAUGAAGUUUCAGUUUGAACAGCGUUUGUUUGCAUUGUGUUGAUGUUUUCAUAUCGUCUACUUCCUCCAAAGCAGCUCUGGGCCAAAUUAGCUGAGAAAAACUAAUAGAGUCGGGCUCAUCAACAAACUUGCUCAUGGCAAAGUAUUUUUGUGUGGCAUUUUCGUAAACAAUAUUAGGCUGUAAUUAUAGGAGGAGGAGGGGGGGGGGUGGGGGGGGGGGGAGAAAUCACAGUUUAUCUGUAAAAAAUCUGUUUUCAGUCAAAUCCAACAUCAUAAAAAAGGUUAGAAGCUUGCAUAAAACAAUUUAGAUUCACUUUAUUGUCAUUUCACUGAGUACACAGAAGGAAACGAAAUAUUGUUUCUCCCAGCAGCUCCCGUCAGUGAAUUAAAAAGAAUAAAUAAGCAUUAAGAUUAACCAUACCUAAAAAUAACAAUAAAAGAAUAAAAUAAGUAAAGACACAAUUUCAUACAAUUUGCAGUCGUGUUUAGCAGCAGAUAAAAGUGCAUUUAUGUCCAUAGUUAAAAGUGCUGUUUUGCAUUACUGUUCCAAAAAUUGUCUUUGACAUGUUAUUGUCUUUUUACAAUUUAUGGAAAACUGCACUCAUUACGCACAUCACUGCACAGACAGGAGCAUUUUUAAAAAUAAAAAAAAAUCCACCUUUAGAUCAAAAUGCAUCUGCCUUACAAUAUCACAUAAGCCAAUUUUAUGACAAAAUAUAAUUAAAUCACAAUAUGCUAUAAUAUUAAUUUCGUGUCCGUUAAAAAUUCCACAUUUUUCUUGUGAAUUGUAAACUGUAAAGUCCUGCUGAAGAAGUAUUAACGCAUACCUUCACACACACUGAGUGCCAUCGCAGUUCAAUUCCGGUUGCCGAGCCUUUUUCACCCCUUUUUUUCUUUCCUCUGUCUUCAAAUGGAAAUGAUUUCCAUUGGCCCAAGGUGUCCAUGUAAAUAGGUGUAAAUGAAACCAGAUUAUGCCUUGCCUCCCUCCUCUCCACAAACCCCCGCCCUCCCCUCCCCUCCCAUGGCAAUUGUCAUGUGAUAAGCAAAAAAGAGGUGGCACAUUAAUGGAGCGCGCCUCUACAGGGGUCUUUUCUGCUCAUGUCACUACAUAAAACUAUCAGAUGGUUAGAGAGGAAGGGCCAUGGAGGAGGCAUCCACUUAGCUCGUCGUCUUAUAUCCAGAUCCAGGGACGCCAAAUGAAGUCUAUUCAGCUCUGCAAGCUGACUUACUUUGCAAAGAAAAAGACUUAAAGCAAGCAAGUCACUCCAUAAAUGUGCACCGUCCUGCACACUCUGCAGAGAGGCGCGCAAAACCUUGGCUUGCUUUUACGCACGACGCAACUCCAGCAUUGAAACUUUCCUCAGCAGCGGUUGUUUCUCAUGAAGAGCGGCAACUUUUCGCAUAGGAAUUAAAAGGGAGACUACUUUUUUUUAUUAUUGCUUUUUUUCUGAAAAACCUCCAGGAUGCCUCGCCCAGGGAGAAACACAUACAGCGACCAGAAACCUCCAUACUCCUACAUCUCCCUCACAGCCAUGGCCAUCCAGAGCUGCCCAGAGAAGAUGCUGCCUCUCAGCGAAAUCUACAAGUUCAUCAUGGAUCGAUUCCCUUAUUAUAGGGAAAACACUCAGCGGUGGCAAAACUCCCUGCGACACAACCUCUCCUUCAACGACUGCUUCAUCAAAAUCCCCAGACGUCCAGAUCAGCCAGGUAAAGGCAGCUUCUGGGCUCUGCACCCGAGCUGUGGAGACAUGUUUGAGAAUGGAAGUUUCUUGAGACGUCGCAAGAGAUUCAAGCUGUUGAUGCAAUCCGAUCAUCACUUGGCACCGAGCAAACAGUCGCAGGAUGCUGCACAGCAUUACCUGCAGCAGCAAGCCAAGCUGAGGCUGAGCGCCCUUGCAGCCACGACAGGGACGCAUCUUCCACAGAUGUCCACCUACAACCUGGGAGUGUCUCAAUCCUCCACGUUUAAGCAUCCUUUUGCCAUCGAGAACAUCAUCGCCAGAGAGUAUAAAGUGCCAGGGAGUCUUGCAUUCUCCACCAUGCAGUCCAUGUCUGCAGGUUACCCUCUGCACAACCAGCUGACGACAGCAUGGCCACACAUGUACAACACCAGUAUGAUUGACUCUGUGGCACCAAUGUCCGACUACAGCGCGUAUGGAGUGCCCAUAAAGAGUCUGUGCCAUGGAGGACAGUCUUUACCAGCUAUUCCUGUGCCAAUAAAGCCCACGCCGACCUCCAUGGCCGGUUUCUCAUCGGCUUUACCUCCACACAUCCCCGCGUUUCUCUCAUCAAACUCUCCGCAGUCUCUGAGCCCGACGUCGCCACAGACAGCGACGAGCCAAAGCAGCCCUGCGACUCCGAGCGACACUCUGACGAGCGCCUCCACACUGCAGCAGCAGCAGCAGUCUGUGGCUGUGCACUGACCAAGAUCAACUAUUUCCCUCCAGUAAACUUUACCUUUACCUUUGCAGGGCUGGACUGGCCAUCUGUGCAUACAGACGGCCCUUUGGGCCAAUGUAUGUCUUAUUUUUUGGCCCAUAAAACAGGUAAAUAGGCCCAUUUCUUUUCCUUAAUUGACACGUUGCUGGCCCAAUCGCUCUGUGCUGUGUGCUGUGUGACUCACGUUUUCUUUAUCGCCCUCUCCUUGGUUUCCCUCUCUGGGUCACAAUUUCUCCCAAUUUAUAUCAAAUCAUAUUUUUUUUAACAUGUUCCUGGCACUGUACAGCAUGUAUAAUAUAAUAAUAUAAAAGGACAGCAGGGGCAAAAAAAAAAGAAGAGAAUUAUAACUGAUGAAUAUUAGAUGGUGCUCUGGGUCACAAUUCGUAUUUCUCCCAAUUUAUAUCAAAUUUACUUUUUUUUUAACAUGUUCCUGGCACUGUACAGCAUGUAUAAUCCUAAAAAAA